AUUUUCAGUCCUCCAUUUUUCCUUGCUCUGUGUCUCUGUAUUCAUGGAGUUUAUAUUUGAUUUUAUCAUGGUAUCAGAGCCAUCAUCUUGAUGGUCUCUGCAUACAAAGUUUGCUGAUCAAUUUCACUCUGUUGAGUCUUACACUUGAUGAGAAUGGCGAGCUCAUCGACUGAUACAUCUAGCUUUUCUUCUACAACAACUGGAGCUGGAAAUGAUCACAUGGUGAUGGUUUCUGCCCCAUUCAAUGGGAACAAUUGGCUAUCAUGGAGUAGAUCGGUAAGGAUGGCUUUAGAAGGCAAAGACAAGUUGGCAUUUAUCGACGGCACAGGCCUGCAGCCUGCGAUUGGAACUCCUCAACACAGACAGUGGAGGACUACGAACUGUAUGGUGCGAACAUGGAUUCUGAACACCAUCUCCAAAGACUUGGUAAACGCAUACUUGUAUGCAAGCUCUUCCAGAGAUCUCUGGCUGGAGCUUGAAGCUCGGUACGGUGAGUGCGAUGGUACUCUGCUCUAUAAGUUGCAACGCGAAAUUAGUUCUAUUUCACAAGGCAAUAUGAGUGUAACUAGUUACUACACAAAAUUGAAACAACUUUGGGAUGAAUUGUUAUGUCUUAUGCCACCAGCCAUGUGUUCAUGUGGCCUUUGUAUAUGUGGAUGCAACAAAAUCAAAGCGGAACAAAACGAUGCGAGUCAGCUGAUGCAAUUUUUGAUGGGUUUGAAUGAUUCCUACGACAAUAUUCGUAGUCAGAUCUUAGUUCUAGAACCUCUUCCCCUUGUCAAUAAGGCGUAUUCUAUGGUGCUACGGGUUGAGAGACAAAGGAUGGUGAAUUCAGAAUAUUCUGAUAUAGGAGAAGGUUCGGCCAUGAAAGCAUAUGAGCAAAGGUACUCUGCACCUAACAUAGGAUCUCGACAAUUCAUGCGACGCAAGGGACCUAUAGAUAAACGCAAUCUCCUUUGCGAACACUGCAAUAAAACUGGACACAACAAGGAAAAUUGCUUCAGACUUCACGGCUUUCCUGAUUGGUAUAAGGAGCUACACGAAUCGCGAAGAAAACACGGCAGUGCAGGAAGAGCAUAUGCAGCAACCAGUGGAGAAGGUAGUGGAUUGGAUAAACCUGGGAAUUCUGACGCUAAUAACACCUUGAUGUCAGAAUUGCUAGAGGCAUUACGAAUGGUCCAACACAAAGUACCUCAGGAUCCUAUCAAUGUGCAUUUUGCCCAAGUAGAUGAAAUGGCAGGACCUGAAAACUAAUCGCAUUUUGGCUUUAGGCAAGCAACAUAGGCAACUUUAUCACUUGGGAAGAAAAUCAUUUGUUGCUGCUUCUGUCUAUUCUGAUUCUCAUGCUUUACUGUCCUCAUCUGUUGAUGAUUUUUCUCUAUGGCACCAAAGGCUAGGACAUUGCUCUCGUGAUGUAAUGAAACACAUAGAUUCUUUACAUAUUCCUGCACCACAUAAAGAUCAUAUUUGUAGCAUAUGUCCUUUAGCUAAACAAACUCGU